GCGUAUGUUGAAGCUGUCACACUAGUACAGCUAGUGGUGCUGGAGCGACCUCGGGGCUGCACUGCAAGUAGACGAUGUAGAUUGGAGUUAACACACGUCUGGUUCUAUCAGUCAUUUCUAUUAUUAAAAAAAAGACAAACUCACAGGGGAAAAAUAUAUAUAUAUAUCGGAAACUUACAUUAAAAAAGACUUCAAUAAUUUCGUCUGCACCAUGGACAGUUGUAACCCUUCAGAAAAAGAACGUAUGGAGGCUUGGCUGGAUGAUCACUUGGACUUUGCUCAUUCUUACUUUGUAAGGAAAGCUACAAGGGAUAUGGUAAAUGCGUGGUUUGCUGAGAGAGUUCAUUCCAUCCCAGCCCCCAAAGAAGGAACCAAACUGCUGACAGAACCCAGCCCCAUCCACCAAACAGCUCGGCCAGAGAAUACCACACCAGGGACCCCUAUCAGGAAAAUCUCAGCUUCAGAGUUUGACAGGCCCCUGAGGCCCAUUGUUGUCAAGGACUCUGAGGGUGCCUUGACUUUCGUCUAUGAUUCAGAAAAGGUACAGAAGCCUUUGAAACCACAGAGACUUGGGGCAGGAGAUGGACAGGUGAGCAAUCAGUGCACCAGACUCCUGGAACUGGUGAAGGACAUCUCCACCCACUUGGAUGUCACAGCACUCUGCCACAAAAUCUUCCUGCACAUAAACGAACUCAUAGAUGCUGACCGCUACUCGCUCUUCUUGGUCUGUGAAGACAGCUCCAAUGAGAAAUUCCUCAUCAGCAGGCUGUUUGAUGUGGCAGAGGGCUCCACGCUAGAGGAAGCUUCAAACAACUGCAUACGGCUGGAGUGGAACAAGGGCAUUGUGGGCCAUGUGGCAGCUACUGGACGGCCAUUAAAUAUAAGAAGCGCCUAUGAGGACCCUAGAUUCAAUGCUGGAGUUGACCAAAUUACAGGUUACAAGACCCAAAGUAUUCUGUGCAUGCCGAUAAAGAACCACAGGGAAGAGGUCGUGGGUGUUGCUCAGGCUAUAAACAAGAAAUGUGGAAAGAAUGGCACAUUUACAGAACAAGAUGAAAAGGACUUUUCAGCCUAUCUGGCAUUUUGUGGAAUUGUUCUUCACAAUGCCCAGCUGUAUGAGACUUCACGGCUUGAAAACAAACGCAAUCAGGUGUUGCUUGACUUAGCCAGCCUCAUUUUUGAAGAGCAGCAGUACCUUGAAGUGAUACUGAAAAAGAUUGCAGCUACAAUACUGUCCUUCAUGCAAGCUCAGAGGUGUACCAUUUUCAUAGCAAACGGAGACAUUUCAAACUCAUUUUCCAGCAUCUUUCAUAUGGAAUAUGAGGAACUUGGUGAAUCUGGAGAAGUUCUAAAAAGGAACUGUGACGUAAGCAAAAUCAACUACAUGUACGCACAAUAUGUGAAAAAUACCAUGGGUCCUCUUAAUAUUGGAGACAUCAGUAAAGACAAGAGGUUUCCCUGGACGAAUGAAAACGCAGAAAAUUCAAACAAGCAAAUAAAAAGUUUGCUCUGCACCCCAAUUAAAAAUGGGAAGAAGGAUAAAGUUAUAGGUGUUUGUCAGCUUGUGAACAAAAUGGAUGAUGUCACUGGAAAAAUCAAAGCGUUUAACAGAAAUGAUGAACAGUUCUUAGAGGCCUUUGCUAUAUUCUGUGGGCUGGGAAUCCAGAACACCCAGAUGUAUGAAACGUUGGACAGAGCGAUGGCCAAGCAAGUUGUGACACUUGAGGUUCUCUCAUAUCAUGCAUCAGCUUCCGAGGAGGAUACCAGGGAGCUGCAGGUAACAGCGGCUGCCAAGGUGCCCUCAGCACAGUCCCUCAAACUGAUUGACUUCAGCUUCAGCGACUUUGAGCUAUCAGACAUGGAAACAACCCUGGCCACAAUCCGGAUGUUUAUGGACCUCAACCUUGUGCAGAACUUCCAGAUGAAGUAUGAGGAUCUUUGUCAGUGGGUUCUUAGUGUGAAAAAGAAUUAUCGGAAGCAUAUUGCUUAUCACAAUUGGAGACAUGCAUUCAACACAUCACAGUGUAUGUUUGCUGUUCUUAAAUCUGGAAGGAUUCAGAAUAAGCUAAAUGAUCUGGAGAUGUUAGCCUUGAUGAUAGCAACAUUAUGCCAUGACCUGGAUCACAGAGGAGUAAAUAACUCCUACAUACAAAGGAGUGAGCACCCUCUUGCUCAGCUCUACUGUCACUCCACAAUGGAGCAUCACCACUUUGACCAGUGCCUGAUGAUACUCAACAGCCCUGGAAACCAGAUUUUGAGUGGCCUUUCCUUAGAGGAGUACAGAACCACACUGAAGAUGAUUGAGAGAGCUAUUCUUGCCACAGAUCUAGCCCUUUAUAUGAAGAAAAGAGGGGAGUUUUUUGAACUUACAAAGAACAGUCAGUUUAUCUGGGAAGAUGAACACCACAGAGACUUGCUAAGGUCAAUGUUGAUGACAGCCUGUGACAUUUCUGCAAUAACAAAGCCUUGGCCAGUUCAACGACGGGUAGCUGAGCUUGUUGCUACAGAAUUUUUCGAGCAAGGAGACAAAGAGAGAAAAGAGCUCAACAUAGAACCUAUUGAUCUAAUGAAUAGAGAUAAGAGGGAUAAAAUUCCCAGCAUGCAGGUGGGCUUCAUUGAUGCGAUCUGCAUACAGUUAUAUGAGACUCUGGCAGGGCUGUCGGAGGCGUGCUCACCAUUACUAGAAGGCUGCAGAAAGAACCGGCAGAAUUGGAAACUUCUGGCAGAGCAAGACGAGAAAAAGUUGGUCAAUGGAGCAACAUAACAGCUCAAAGGAAAGAAAUCGCCACGUUUGCAUAUGUGAUUCUUGUGAUUUCAUCCUGUUAUAUCUGUUUUCCUCUAGCCAUUGGCAUCAUUUUAUACUUUUACUUCUUUAAAACCAUAUAUUAUUGUCAUUUUUUGCUCUGUCAAAAUCAUUUUUUAAAGCCUGUAGUAAAUGUGAUAAAUAUACCAAAGAAGGAAGGGCCUGAGUAAGAAUCAAAUCAUCAAAAGGGACCAGUGCAAGCUUAUUUUGUUUUUGAACAGUGUAAAAAAUGUUUUUCGGUCACUGCAAUAAAAAUGCUGUAUUCAUUUAUAUUAACAUAAAUGCCAAAAGCAAACUUAUCUGGUCACUAUAUUUAUAGUUAUAAAAUAAAAUAAACAAACUUAUCUGGUCACUAUAUUUAUAGUUAUAAAAUAAAAUAAAUACACUUGUCUAAGAUUUCGUAUUUUAGAAAAAAAAAAAAUAUAUAUAUAUAUAUAUAUAUAUAUAUAUAAACUGAAAAGUUGGCAGAUCCUCUUGCUUUGUAAAAAGAAUAUUUUAAACAUUUCUAUAGGUUUUCACUUUUUCACUUUCUGUCCUUGUUUACCCUUUAAAUUGUAUCAACAUUUUUUACCAAGAAGUGCAUUUGUUAUAAACUUUGAGUUACUUGUGUUAUAAAAUGUUACAUGAUUUAUAUGAAUGACUUGGUUGAUGGAACAGUUUUGUAAAUGGUUGUUUUUAUUUAAACAUACAGCUGUAAAUAUACUUGAGUUUUACCAAAAGUAAGUUACACACUAACCAUGUUUCAUAUAACAGUACAAAUAUAUUAAGUUAUUAAUAUAAGUUAACCUUAUCUGCUGCCAGUACAUUCACUAGCACUUUUUGUAGACUGACGCAAGUCAGACACUCAUUUGUUACUGUAUUUGCAUUUUCUAAAAAUAUUGCUCAGCUUGCAUUUAAAACUGUUGUAGUUUUGCAGUAUCUUUGUUUUAGAUGUACCUUGAUUGAAUAGUUUAUGUCUCUGUAUUUUUUAUUAAUGAAGACCUAUAAAUGUAGAAAGCCAGACUGAAUGUUGUGUGCUUGUGGCAAAGUGGCUAGUAGUGCACAGGUGUAGAGGUGAUGCAGUGCUUAGAAACAACAGUCCAACAACAGUUCACUGGUAAAUAACAAAGCUUUAUUAAGGCUUUAAAAUAAUAACACUGACUAUACACAACAAUGUAUAUAGUCAGUAAAACCACGGGGGUUCAGUCCCGACAUGAUAAUAACAAUAAACACACACUUUAAAACACCUAUACGAUCACCAGUCCAACAGUGAGUGCUUCGGGUGUUGUGAAUAUGUGAAACAGUGCUAACAGUAGUGCAGUGCAGUCCGGGUUUGAUGCUGGCUGAAUAGCGACAGCUCCCGGAUAUUUAGCCAUCUACAAUGACAAGUAACAACAGUUAUUGAGACAGACAAUGCAACACUUAAAAUCACAGUUUUGUUUCACUCCUCACGGUCAUUCCAUAACCACAACAGAGGAACAGAUCGCUCGGCCACACACCCUGCUAUACGUUCAGUCACUCCCCCUUUGGUAGCGAGUGCAAUCACGUCUCCUCCAAUCCAUGACUGACACAUCGUCUACUGCAGUAAGGUGCUGAUUUCUAGUAUUGUGGCUUCGCCCCUUUUUGGAUGGCCAACUUCCAACUGACCCUGGAAUGAACUGUCAAACCAUCCAGUCCGGGGCACAUUGUUCCUGUUAUACAGUGCCCUCCCAGGUCGGGAGGGAGAUUGUUGACUAGGAUUCAUUUGCUCUCUGUCACAGUGCUGUAGAAAACUGUCAUACCUCUGUGUAUUUUAUGUUGUUAACAUUUGCUAAAAACAUGUUGAUACUGAUAAACACUGUGGUACAGUUCAAUGGUUAAUGCCAUUAAAAUAAUGUGCUUUUUUACAGUAUAAUGUGUCUUGUGUUAUUUGA